CAAAACCCGCGUUUCUUUGCCUCAUUUACAAAGGCAGAACACAAGUUAACGCGUCACAAAAAUUGCAUUCGUUCAAUCGUUUAUCGAGGUCUGUGCCUUAGACUUCUUAAAUAUAUCCAAUCUCUAUGGGUGUGUAAGUAGGUAGUAGUCCGCGACGCCAUGGACGUUGACAACGAGUUCGCGGCCCCAGCGCAUGCCGCUGCGGAUUCAGCUGAGCCUGUGGAGCCAGCUUUACCACCCGCAAAGAGGCUUGCUGUGCGGCCCCGAUACCUGAGCCAUGGGUGGAACCAUCCGCCUGGCAACCUCGUGGCCGUUUACAUCGAGGCCUGCGAACGCCACAAAGUCCCAGCAAACAGCGCUGUGAUCUCUCAGCUACAGCGGCGCGUGCGGCUAAUGCAGGCAGGGCCCUGGCAGCGUGUGGCGCCCUCUGGCCCCGAGGCCGACGCCCUUCUCGGCGCCACGGGUGUCUCCGCGUUCUCCAAUCACCUGGGCUCGCCGCGCAGCCGCCUGGGCGCCGCCGCCGCGGCCGCGGGCGACCCCCUGCUGGCGCAGCAGAGCAGCUACCUGUCCGCCGCCAGCGCCACCGCGGCGGAGGCACUUUCACGGCCGCGCACGGCCCUCACGUCAGCAGCCACCACCCAGGACCUGUUGGACUUGGUAGUGGGUCACGUGUACCCGCUCACCCUCAGCGCCUCGCUGCGCCCCGCCACCGCCAACGGGGGUGCCAACAGCGGCGCCCCCGCCAGCACCAGCGAGAACCACGCCGCCACGGUGUCGGCGGCGGCCAUCGCGCUGGCGGCGGGCGGCCCCGGCGGCCAGGCGCUGUAUGCCGCGCGUGCUGUGGCAGCCGUGUGCGCCCUGCUUGACCCCCGCACGCAGUGGGAGUCGCAGCUGGCGGCUGUGGGCCUGGCCCCCGACGUGCGCGUGCUGACCGAGUCGCAGUUCCACGGGCUGGUGGAGGGUGCGGCGGCGGCGCUGACGCAGGGCGAGCUGCGGCAGGCGGCGCUGGAGGUGCUGGGCCGGCCGGUGGGGCACGGCACGCUGGACGUAGAGGGGCUCUGUGGGGCGCUGUUUGACUACCUGGACGUGUGCGGAGAGGGCUUCAUCCCCGCCUCGGAGCUGCGCAAUGUGGUGGCUGCCUUCAGCCCCAGUGCGGCUGUGGACAUGUACGGACUGCUGACCCAGCACCCGCAGCUGGGCAGGCCGGCGGCGGCCCCGGUGGCCCGUGAUGAGUUCGUGUCGGUGCUGGUGGCGCUGGCGCCAGGGCUGGUGCCUGCGGGCAGCAGCGCUGGUCGGAUCCGCGAUAAAACCGAAAUCGUUAUCAACACCCUGUUGGACUCAAAGAUACGGGAGCCCUUCGGCUACGACUUUUCCCGCUGCUACCUGGGCCCGCGCGGCCUGCUGCCGGUGCUGGACGCACUGAGCACGGACGGCUCGUUCGUGUCGCUGAGCCUGGCGCACUGCGGGCUGGGCUGCAGCAGCGUGGAGCGACUGGCGGACUGGCUGGCGGGCCACCCCACGCUGACGUCUCUGGACCUGACCAACAACCUCAUCGCGGACCGCGGUGGGCUGGCGCUGGCACGGCUGCUGCAGAACAACACGCGCAUCGUGCAGCUGGGCAUCGGCAACACCAUGUUGCUGCCGCCGCGCUCCAGCCGCACCCACCACGACCAGCUGGGGCCAUCGCCGUGCGAGGACGCCGGGCCGGUGCUGGAGGCGCUCACCGCGAACUGCGCCGCGCACCGCUCCUCUCCCGCAGAGAUCGUGCGGGCGCUCCGGCAGCACGGCCCCGAGCUUCGCGCCAUGUGCUACAGCCUACUGGCCCGGCCCGUCAGCAGCAGCAGUGCCACCCGAAGCGGCGGUGGUGGCGUUAACGGCGCCAACGGCGGCAGCGAGCUCAUGGCAGCGGACGGCCGAGUGCCGCUGUCCGACCUGCGGGAGGCGCUGACGGAGGUGACGGCGGAGUGGGGCUUCACGCCGGAUGCACUGGAGGAGGUGCUGUCGCAUGAACGGCUGCUCGGCACAGCCACUGCGGGCCGCACCGCUGACGCCAGCGGCCGCUUGGGCGUCACGUACGAGGAGCUCAUGCAUUUCCUCAGCUCAGACGACCAGGUUGUACGGGUUGCCCGCGCAUUCCGCAACCACCUGGCCGAAGCCAAGCAGCUCUUCUUCCGGCUGGCGCCCGACCCCGCCACAGCCGCCGCCGUGGCUCCGGCGGGCGUGGCGGGGCCGCGCACCGCGCUCAGCACUGUGCGCCAGUCUCUAAUGGAGGCGGCGGCGGCGCCCGGCAGUGGCUGGGAUGUGAGCGAGGGUGACCUGGAGGCGGUGCUGUCGCCGGCGGUGCUGCGAAAGCACUACCGCGCAGCGGCGACGGGCUACGGCGGAGCGCUGGCGGUGGCGCCGCCGGGCGCGGUGCUGACGUCGACGGGGUUGACGGUCGGCGCGGACGGGCUAUUGGUGCCGGAGUGGCGCGUCGCGGCGGCGGCGGCGGCGGCAGCCGCUGGGGUGGGCGCGCCCGGAUCUGGGCUGGGUAGGGAUGAGGAUGAGGGCGGACUGCUGCCGGUGCCAGAGCCGUGGCAGGGGCCAGUGGCGGCAGCUGUGGCCGCGGACAUGCUCAUUAGCUGGCCUGAGCUGGCAAACACGAUCUUAUACCUGUUCAACCGGUAGCGGCUGUGCGGUACUGGGCGCGCGACCGUUGCGGAGGGGUGGGUCCUGCACGUGAUAUCAUUCCAGGAGUGGCUGGCAGCCGUGGCUGUGGGCAAUAGUCGCAAAGUCGGCAAGAUGUAAAGUGCUUGAAACUUUCGCGUGCUGAUGGCCAUUGCGCGAGCGGAGUCAAGCUGCGAUGACAUGAGAUGUUGAAUGGGCUUAAGGCCCCUUGGCUUUACUGGCUGCGCUACUCCCGGCGCAGACAGGCCAAGCGCAGGCGGGGCCUUCUGUGUUGCGACCCGGGCCCAUGUAAGCCGCAUCAGUA